AUAUUGAAUACUUACUUGAGAUGGGCUGGAACAGUAGAAAGGUAAGGCGUGUGUAGAAACGUAGAUAUACAAAUUAUUCCCUGAUUCCCUGUGUACCAAUCCUAUCUAUUAUAUUGGUUGGUUAUUAAUCGGAGAUCGGAGGUAAUUCAGCGGCGGAUUGCAUGAGCGGUUGUUGUGUGGGUGGCGGCGGCGGCGGAUCGGACGCGGAGUGAGCAGAGGAUCGAAACAUGUCUGCGAUCAUAGUGUGCGGGAAGAGAUCAGCGCUGUUCCAAGAGCUUCCUCCAAAGAGGAUCCGUUGUUCUUCUUCUUCUUCCCCGGUUCGCCUCUCUCCCUCUUCCCUCCUCCACCACCUCGCCGCCUUCUUCCCUGACAUGGACAACCACCUCCUCGAGAAAGCCCUCGAAGAUUGCGGCAACGACAUCGACUCCGCUAUCAGAAGCUUAAACCAGCUUCGCUUAGGAGCAUCAACACCUCCUUCUCUUCGUUCCACUCCCACUGCAUCUGAUGCUACUCUUCAAUCGCAAGUAGGUGAAGGGCAAUAUGAUGCAGAAGUUUCAGCUUCUGAGGACCCGGUUACUGGACAAAAUUAUCCCACAAAUGGUGCUGAAUGGGUGGAGCUUUUUGUUAAAGAAAUGAUGAAUGCUUCAAACAUGGAUGACGCCAAAGCUCGAGCAUCAAAAAUGUUAGAGGCUUUGGAGAAGUCAAUUUGCAUGAGAACAAGUGUUGAAACAGAGCGAAACUUCCACCAGGAAAAUACGGCGUUGAAGGAACAGGUGGAGGCCCUUGUUCAAGAAAAUGUGAUUCUGAAGCGUGCUAUCUGUAUUCAGCACGAACGCCAGAAAGAAUAUGAAGACAGAGAUGUAGUGUUGCAGCAAUUGAAGCAAUUAGUGUCACAGUACCAGGAACAAGUAAGAGCUUUAGAGGUAAACAAUUAUGCACUGACAAUGCACCUAAAGCAGGCAGAGCAAAGCAGUUCCAUCCCUGGGCGUUUUCAUCCAGAUGUUUUCUAGAAAUGAGAAGAAUCCGAAGUGUAUCUACUUAUCGGAGGGAGAGUUUUCCAUAGGGUGAAGGAAGAAAAAGACUUACAGCUCCACCUCGUAGAAGGGUGCAAAAGUUGAUACCGAUGUUCAUGUAGAGAACUUUGUAGUUGAGGAACAUGUAGUUGAGGAACAUGUAGUUGAGGAGGAGCAGUAUCAAAAUGUUCCUCAAAUAGAUCAUGAAGUGGGUAGAUUAGAAAGAGAUCCAUGACCAUAUCUCUUAUAUCUUAUGAGAGGACGGAGUGAGUGCAAAUGAUUAUUGUUUAGUUUGAAUAAAUUUUAUUUUAAUUAGAUUUAA